AUGGUUAGAAAAAAAGUGAAACUAGCUUACAUAGAAAAUGACUCUUGUAGGAGAGUGACAUACCGAAAAAGAGUGAAAAACUUGGUAAAAAAGACUAGGGAACUAAGUGUCUUAUGUGGAGUCGAUGCUUGUGCUAUCAUCUACGGGCAAGAUGAGCAAGCACCGGUAGUGUGGCCUUCUUCUGAGGAAGAAGCAAAAAGGAUUAUCUCCGACUAUAAUAGUAAGUCGGAGCUUGAUCCAUCUCAAAGGGGGUUUAACCAAUACACCUUCUUGAAUGAUAGUGUGAUCAAGGCGAAGGAAAGGUUGUUGAAGCUCCAAAGAAAGAACCGUGAAAAACAAAUCGCAAAUAUGGUGAGUGACAUCUUGAGUGGAAAAUCAUCUCUUGACCAAGUUAACCCUAAUGACUUAGGGGACUUGCUAUGGGUGAUUGAGGAUAAGAUAAGAACUAUCCAAUAUCGAAUUAGAGUUACUAAGGAGGAGGGUGAUAAUAAUAAUAAUAAUCCUCCUAUUUCCGAAUCUAUAAACUAA